AUGUCGUCUACAGAUGUCGCCAAACAAGGCGAUUCGGGAGGCAAGCCACGGAAACGAGCGAGAGAUGAUGGUACUCAGCAACUCAAGAAAGCGCCGCAAGCACCGAAACGGUUCCGGUCGAGCUACAUUUGCUUCUUCACAGCGCAAAGGCCACAUAUCAAACAAUUGUUGGGUCCAAAGGCAAGCAUUACUGAAAUAUCCAAGCGCUCCGCAGAAAUGUGGAAGAACCUCCCGGUAAAUCAAAAGCAACAUUGGGAAGAAGUCGCUGCCAAGGACAAGGAACGCUUCAUGAAUGAGAAGGCAACCUAUAAGGGCCCGUGGCAAGUCCCUAGCAAACGGGUACGUAAGGAUCCCAGCGCACCAAAACGAAGCAUGUCUGCUUUCCUUUAUUUUGCCCUGAUAGAACGACCCAAGAUCAAGGAAAAGAAUCCAGACAUGGCAAAUACGGAUGUAUCCCGCCUGUUGGGAGAAUUAUGGCGUGCCGCUAGCAAGGAAGAAAAGCUACCCUUUGUCGAAAAGGAAAAGAAAGAACGAGAAAAGUACAAGGUCGCAAUGGAAGAAUGGAAAAAGCAAAGGGAAAGUGACCAAGAGGAGGAACACAAGAAACGAAAGGACCUGGCUGCGAGUUGGAAUGCGUACUAUACGUCUCAAGGAGUAGCAACAUCCGAAUCAGAGCCUCCGCUGAUGAUGACCGAGCAAAUAUACAUGCCUGGACCGGGUGGCUAUCCACCAUAUUCCUACGCCCAUCCCCAAUACGUUCGUCAAAGCGGAAACAUUAAGCAACCAGUCAUUUUGGGACCCAACGGAAUGCCAGUGAUGAUGAACUUGCCUCCUCCAGCAGUCACUCCCAUGAUGAACUCGCGGCCACCAUCAAAUGAAGGCGCCCGUCCUCCUUCUGCUGCCCAUGUAACACCAGCGCGAUAUGAGACGACGGAGGCAUUUGAAUUUCCGCCUGCUCCACCAGCGCCAACUUAG